AUGUUCCGCAAGAAGAAGAAGAAACGCCCCGAGAUCUCGGCCCCGCAAAACUUCCAGCACCGCGUCCACACCUCCUUUGACCCCAAGGAGGGCAAGUUUGUGGGCCUCCCCCCACAAUGGCAAAACAUCCUGGACACGUUGCGGCGCCCCAAGCCCGUGGUGGACCCUUCACGCAUCACACGAGUGCAGCUGCAGCCCAUGAAGACCGUGGUACGAGGCAGUUCAGUGCCCACUGAUGGCUACAUCUCAGGGCUGCUCAGCGACAUCCAGAAAUUGUCGGUCAUCAGCUCCAACACCUUGCGUGGUCGCAGCCCUGCCAGCCGGCGACGUGCGCAGUCCCUGGGGCUGCUGGGAGAUGACCACUGGGCCACUGACCCAGACAUGUACCUCCAAAGCCCGCAGUCAGAACACACCGACCCCCAGGGCCUCUACCUCAGCUGCAACGGGGGCACGCCAGUAGGCCACGGGCAGGGGCCCUGGCCUGAGCCACAGAGCCCACGCCUCCUGCCUAACGGGCUGGCAGCCAAGGCACAGUCUCUGGGCCCUGUCGAGUUCCACGGUGUCUCACAGCGCUGCCUGCAGCUGGGUGCCUGCCUACAGAGUUCCCCACCCAGCACCUCACCCCCAAGUGGUCCCGGCAGGCGUGGGGUGAAGGCCGCCAAGCAAGGCACUGCCGCUGCUGCUGCCACUGCCGCUGCCACUGCCACCGCUGAAGAGGCCCGGCCCCAGUCCUGCCUGGUAGGCUCAACCACGGGUAGGCCGGGAGGCGAAGGCAGCCCGAGCCCCAAGACCCAGGAGAGUAGUCUGAAGCGCCGGCUGUUCCGAAGCAUGUUCCUGUCCACACCUGCCUCGGCCCCUCCAAGCAGCGGCAAGCCAGGCCCUCCAUCACAGAGCAAGCCCAGCUCCUCCUUCCGACAGCUGCAGAAAGACUCCCUGCCAAGCCUGGUGGCCAAGGCCCAGUCUUUGCCUUCGGACCAGCCCACAGGGACCUUCAGUCCUCUGCCUCCUUCGGACACCAGCAGCCCCCAGAAGUCCCUGGGUACUGGCCCACUGCCCGGCCGCUCUUCCCCAGCUGGCUCCCCCCGGACCCGGCAUGCUCAAAUCAGCACCAGCAACCUGUACCUGCCCCAGGACCCCACGGUGGCUAAGGGUGCCCUGGCCGGUGAGGAAACAGGUGUGGUGACCCAUGAACAGUUCAAGGCUGCGCUCAGGAUGGUGGUGGACCAGGGUGAUCCCCGGCUGCUGCUGGAUAGCUAUGUGAAGAUCGGCGAGGGCUCCACUGGCAUUGUGUGCCUGGCCCGCGAGAAGCACUCGGGCCGCCAGGUGGCCGUCAAGAUGAUGGACCUCAGGAAGCAGCAGCGCCGGGAGCUGCUGUUUAAUGAGGUGGUGAUCAUGCGAGACUACCAGCACCUCAAUGUGGUGGAGAUGUACAAAAGCUACCUGGUGGGAGAGGAGCUGUGGGUGCUAAUGGAGUUCCUGCAGGGCGGGGCCCUCACAGACAUCAUCUCCCAAGUCAGGCUGAACGAGGAGCAGAUCGCCACUGUGUGCGAGGCUGUGUUGCAGGCGCUGGCUUACCUGCACGCGCAGGGUGUCAUCCACCGGGACAUCAAGAGCGACUCUAUCCUGUUGACACUCGACGGCAGGGUGAAGCUCUCCGACUUUGGCUUCUGUGCCCAGAUCAGCAAAGAUGUCCCCAAGAGGAAGUCCCUGGUGGGCACCCCCUACUGGAUGGCUCCGGAAGUGAUCUCCAGGACCCUGUAUGCCACCGAGGUGGACGUCUGGUCACUGGGCAUCAUGGUGAUCGAGAUGGUGGAUGGGGAGCCGCCCUACUUCAGCGACUCCCCAGUGCAGGCCAUGAAGAGGCUCCGGGACAACCCCCCACCCAAGCUGAGAAACUCGCACAAGGUCUCCCCAGUGCUGCGAGACUUCCUGGAGCGGAUGCUGGUGCGGGACCCCCAGGAGCGAGCCACAGCCCAGGAGCUCCUGGACCACCCCUUCCUGCUGCAGACAGGGAUGCCGGAGUGCCUGGUGCCCCUGAUCCAGCUCUACCGCAAGCAGACCUCAGCCUGCUGAGCCCACCUCCACGGUGCACCUGCCACGCGUGCCCACUCUCAGUAUUCUCUCCAAAGAUUGAAUGUGAACCCCCACCCCAAUUCCCCUGCCCCUCUGCCCACUGGGCCAGGCCGGACCUGCCCCCUUGGUCUCUCUCCCUCCCCAGAGUCCCCUGUUGCUUUUGGGGGUGAUUGAGACUCCUGCAGGACACCCUUGAUUAUUUGCACAGGGAAAUUUCUAAGAAACAGAGAGACCGGCGCUCCAGGCUGCUGCAGCUGGCACAGCAGGCAAGGUUUUUUUUUUUUUAAAGGAGUCGUACACUAGCUCGCAGGCCAUCUUCAUGCGGAGGAUGGUUGUUCUCACUCUAGAGUUCAGCUCCACGGUCUCAGGGGCCACA